AUGGAUGACAACGCAACAGAAAUCACGUUUCAUGGCUUUGUCAAUGUGCACAUGUACAGAUAUUUUUAUUUUGUCAUCAUGGUUACAGUUUAUUUCCUAAUCAUCUGCUUCAAUAUCACCAUUGUUUGUAUUAUUUGGGUUCACAGGAGCCUCCAUGAGCCCAUGUACGUGUUCAUCGCUGCUCUGUUACUCAACUCUGUUCUUUUCAGCACCAACAUCUACCCAAAGCUGCUGCUGGACUUUCUGUCAGACACACAGGUCAUCUCUCACCAGGCCUGUCUGCUCCAGUUUUUCCUAUUUUAUUCUCUGGGUGGCUCAGAGUUCCUGCUGCUGGCGGCCAUGGCCUACGACAGAUACGUGUCCAUCUGUCGGCCUCUGCUGUAUCCCAGCAUCAUGAGGAGAAGCAGGGUGAGUGUGUUACUGGUCUCAACCUGGUUUGUGGCUGCGUCUCAUGUCGCAGUGCCAGCGAUCCUCAGCUCAAACAGUCCCCUGUGUAGCUACAGUGUAACAGGAAUAUUCUGUAAUAACGUCAUAUAUGGGCUUCAGUGUGUGGAGUCCAGAGCCAUUGCUGUGUUUGGUGUAGUGGCUUUAGUGGACAUCAUCAUUCUGCCUGUGCUCUUCAUCGUCUUCAGCUACACCAGGAUUCUUCUGGUGGUCUUUGGCAGCAGCAGGGACAUCAAGAGAAAAGCUGCAGACACCUGUUUACCUCACCUGCUGGUCCUGAGCAGCUUCUUCUGUCUCAGUAUCUAUGAUAUCAUUGCAGCUCGGGUGGAAUCACAUUUACCAGCACCUGCACGUUUUAUAAUGACCUUACAAAUAGUCCUGUAUCAUCCUUUGUUUAAUCCUGUCGUAUACGGGGUCAAAAUGAAGGAGAUAUCGACACGGCUCCGGAAGCUUAUCUGUGCUGCCAAACACUGA